CCACCAUAAUCCCAGUUCCACUUCUCAUAAUAACCCUUACCCACCCAGCUCCUCAUAAAAGCCUAAAGCGAACCAUUAAAAAGAAGAAAAAGAAAAGAAGUAGGGCAAAUACCCCACAGCCAUGCCGUCCGGACACGUCCAAGCGACAGUAAACGGCACCGUAGUCGCCGAGUCGGACGUCUACGAGCUUGUCGAGGGCAACGUGUACUUCCCGCCGGCGGCCAUCCGGCCCGAGUUCUUUAGCAAGACGGACCUGCGCACGCAUUGCGGGUGGAAGGGCGAUGCUGAGUAUUACACCGUCAAGGUCGGGGACACCGAGCUCGCGAACGUGGCGUGGUACUACCCCGAGCCGUUCGACAAGGCCAAGCAUAUCAAGGACUACGUUGCUUUUUAUAAAACCAAGGUAGACGUGACAGCAGUGUAAUUCUAUAAGUUGCUGUGCGUAAAGGCGGAAGCGAAGAGGCGGAAGCGAAGAGGCAAGAGGUAGUUGGCGGAAACGAUAUGACUCGUCGGGUAAAGAUUUAUAUGAAUGCUACGCUCUGCAGAGCUAACUACAAGAAUCGAAAGCGCGCCUUGUUACCUUAUUACCUAGGCCAAUGGGGGCGGUGGGAGAAGGAGAAGAUCUAACGGUUGAACUUGGGUAUAUAUUAAUCUACCUAUAUCGAUACUAACAACAACAC